UUACAAUGACUUUAAAAUUUUUGGAAGAGUUAUCUAAUGAUUAUGAUAAACUUUUUGAAACAAAAAUAGGAUAUGAUGUUGUCAUCUAUGCAGGAGAAGAACAAAACAUUAAAGAAAUUCAUGCUCAUUCAAAUAUUUUGUGCAUUAGAUCAAAAUAUUUUCGUACAGCAUUUUCUAAUGAGUGGGCUGAAAAAGAAGAUGGAAAAUUUAUUUUUAGAAAACCAAAUAUUUCACCUCACUUAUUUAACAUAAUUCUAAGUAUUUAUAGUGGAAAUAUUGAAUUGAAAAAUUUACAAGGAUCAGAUAUAUUGAAAUUAUUGAUAGCCGUGGAUGAACUUAAUAUUCAACAAUUAAUUCCUCAUAUCCAAGAAUAUCUUAUUAAACAUCAAACUGAAUUUUUAUAUCAAAAUCCAAUUGAUAUUCUUGAAAUUAUUUAUCAACAUGAAACAUUUACAGAUUUGUGGAAUUUUUAUCUUAAAGAACCCAAAAUUUUAUUUAAUUCUGAUAAAUUUAUUAACUUAAAAGCUCCAUUAUUGGAAUUAUUGUUAAAAAGAGAUGAUUUAAAUAUGGAUGAAAUUGAAAUUUGGGAAGGUUUAUUGAAAUGGUGUUUUUCUCAACAAAAUAUUGAUAAUGAUCCGAUAAAAUGGAGUAAAGAUGAAAUUACGAAAAUUGAGAGGUCGCUAAGUAGAUUUAUUCCACUAAUUAGAUUUUAUGAUAUCGAAGCUAGAGAUUUCUUUUAUAAGGUUUAUAAUUAUAAGGAUAUCUUACCACAAGACUUGAUUCAUGAUCUUUUAGAAUUUCAUAUCGUUCCCGACAUGAAACCUAAAACUAAUGUAUCACCACCAAGAAAACCAAAUUUAAAGUUUAUACUUGAUUCAAUCUUAAUUCACUCAAAUUAUAUUCCUCUUUUUGCUUCAUGGAUUGAUAGAAAAGUUUCUUCACACUAUAAUAACAAAGAUAUUCCUUAUGAUUUCAAAUUAUUAUAUCAUUUAUCAGGUCAGGAUGAAUUUAAUGCUGCAUCAUUUCAUAGAAAUUGUGAUAAUAAAGGACCUACUAUUUGGGUAGCAAAAGUUCGAGGUUCAUCACAAUUAAUUGGAGGAUAUAAUGGAUAUAAUCCACAUGAUUGGAGCGGAAGUGAUAGUGAUGAUUUUCUAUUUAGUUUUACAAAUGGAAAGAAUAUUUCUACUGUUAACUUAAGUUAUAUUAAACAUCCAGGACAUGAUUUUAUAUGGUCAGAUGGUGAUAAUGUUAGUGCUAAUUACUAUCCCAAUAUAGAUAUUCCAAGUGGUUUUAAUUUUAUAUUAGAUAACUAUGAAGUAUUCCAAGUAAUUAAAAAAUAAAAAUAAA